AAACACGUGUUUUUCACUUCGGAAAGUUUGUCGGCUGGCACAGAUGGAGAAGAUCCGGACCAUGAUGAACUUGCAGAUGGAGAACCAGACCAUGAAUUAACCGUGCCGCUUUAUAUAAAUAUGGAUGAUGUAAGCGAACAUGAUCCAGCACUGUAUCUGUCAAUCCAACAGAAUGCCAAGCGUUAUCAUCAGCUUUUUGGUGAUGUUGUUGAUUCGCUUAUUGUCAGGAAACUGGGUGAUCGAGAGGUAUCAUCCUCUUAA